UGCAUAAAAUUUCAAGUUUCGUCAUGAUUAUAUGAUACCAAAAAAUAUAGCAUAUAAAAGCAGCAAAAUGCCCGUGACAUGCUCAUUAAGACUGCAACACUCUGAUUCACUCAAAGUAUGCCACUGAUGAGAAGACAAAUCUUCAUUCAUCUUCUCUUUGCAUGGCUUCUGCUCCCAGCUUCUGCACUCAAUCACGCCACUGCUGAUGUUCAUGCUAUGCACUCAGCUCAUUUCAAGCUCAGAACCCCACCCCCGCAAACUGCGCAUGCCAUUCCUUCAUGGGUUAAUGAAAAGAGUCGUAAAAGCCCAUCAGGGCCUAACCCAAUAGGGAAUCAACGCCCGCCAUCUAAACCAUAGAGGUUGGAAAUACGGAUUCGGCAUCGGUGUUCAGUUUAGACAUCAAUAGCUGUUUGAGAUCAAUAGAUAUAGACUAGCAAUUCUACUGUUGGGGGCAUUGUGUAUGUACAAAAUGGUAAUGAAUUGAAUAUUUGUACUUUAUCAGCUAAUGCAUUGACCUCGCAUAAAGGAAAGCAAUUCUCCACUUAUUAACUAA